AUGGAACGCACCACCGUGGCAAAUGAGGGCCACAGCAGCCUGCAUGCAGGUGUUGGAGAUGACAUGAGGGCGAGUUCUGUGAGACACUGUGAAGAGCAGUGCUCACGGAACGGCAAAUGCAACAGCUUCACCUUCUGUGGCGACAAGCAUUGCCACUUGAAGGACAAGGUCGUGAGCAUGGACGAUGAGGGUUUUCCCAGCACGUCCUGGCAAGCCCGAGAUUGCAAGACUCACUACAAGACGCAGUGCAAGGCGCACUGCUACAUGGAACGCACCACCGUGGCAAAUGAGGGCCGCAGUGUUGGAGAUGACAUGGGGGCGAGUUCUGUGAGACACUGUGAAAUGCAGUGCUCCCGGAACCGCGAAUGCAACAGCUUCACCUUCUGUGGCGACAAGUGCAGGCAUUGCCACUUGAAGGACAAGGUCGUGAGCAUGGACGAUGAGAGUUUUCCAAGAGGGUCCUGGCAAGCCCGAGGGUGCAAGACUCACUACAAGACGCUGUGCAAGGCGACCGACUUGGACGAUGACAUUGAAAGUAAUUUCAUCAAUAGCAACGUCACCGACUACUUGCGGAAGAGGGAAGUCAUGGACGAACAGUUCUUGACAGGCUUAGUGACUCAGAUGAAUGACGUCGCAAGUGAUUUCAAUUUAGAUACACCACCAGAUUGGUUUACAAGCAGAAUGGGCUUGCCCACAACAAGUGACGAGGAGACAGCGGAAUGCAUCUCAAGGAUUCAGUCUUUGAAGCGGAAGAUGUGGGACGAAUUCAGAUCGUAUGGUAGCUGGGGUAAGAAGAUUGAUCAUGCAGCUACAACGUUCAAUGCGAAGCGAGAGAGAACUUUUCGCAUCCUCGAAGGUCUUAAUUCCUUUGGUUUGUGGCUGACUCAACCUUUGAUGGAUGAGCCUGCACAUGGCCCUUUGCAGACGUCUAAUCAGACCUUUCGAACCCCACACAUGUGGGCCGGUUUCAACUCGCAGUGCCGCAACAAGGAUGGGCGCACAACGAAGGAAGAUCUGGAAAGUUUCCAGGUCCUUACCAACAGCUACGCUCUUGACGCAGGAACCCACCUGGCGGAGGUCUUGAAGGAGGAGGAAGUGAUGUUUUUGCAAGAAUGUUCUUGGCAUGUGAAGCAAGUAUUCUGGGGGAUGCAAUCCAUGGAUUUCAUGCGAGGCUUGCCCAGUCAGGGCAUUGAGACUGUUUUCAUCUCCUUGAACAAGAGACAUCUGAAAGGAGACUUCGGACUGCAGAACUCCACGCUUUGGCAGAUUCAGCUCCCAGCCUUGGCCCAGAUCUAUGGAGAGUCAAGUGCCAUGCAUGAAGGGAAGGCCUGGAAGCCAGCGCUCGAAAUCUUCGACAUGAAACAGAGCUGCAAGUUGACGGGUGGUGCAGUUGCCAAGAGGUUACAGGGUCUUCUCUGCAAGAAAAACAAAACCGCCAUUCACGUCGAGUGCCGCGAAUGUGCCGACACACUACGUCACUGCCUUGGCCAGCAGGCGAAGCCGUUUCGCUACAAUGCCGCAAAGCAGAUCAUGGAAGUAGACGAGGAAGAAGAUGAUCUUCCAUCCCAUGAUGAUGUAACGGCUGCUCGUGCAGACCCUGCAGGUUCUGCUGAGACUGCCGCUCGCACGAUGCGGGAACAAACGGCACUGAGCAUGACCAAGCAAGACAUGCAAGACCCCAACCAGACGGCAAGAGUGGAGGCAGGCAAUUUCAGCGUUGCCGCGCAGUCGGACGACGACGGGAACAGGCAGUGCUCCGACAGGCCAGAUCUUGACAUGAGUGGACGGCUGCUGGUCAAUCAGGAGACAAAGCGAUGCCCGGACCAAAGUCACCCGAACGGUAAGGGCAACUGCACUUGCGAGGAAGACAAGGUGUUCUCGGGUAGGUGCGGCGAGUACGUGCUGUUAAACACGAUGCCCGAAACAUCCCGUGUUCAAAUAGCUUGCCAGUGUGUUCCAGACCCGCGCAUGCCUGUUUACCUGAAGACCCACGUGGCUGCCAUGGAGUUCUGCAGCGAGCUCGUGCAGGCCGUCUACAAGACACAUCAACGUCCCAAGUUCAGCGACAGCAUUCAGAAGGCUGCUGAGGAAGUGGAGAGACACCUGAAGAUCGCGGUAGCCGAGAAGGCCUGUCAGGCGGCAUUGUCCAAAGCUGAAGCAACCAACAAUUCCGUUGACCAAAUCCUGCGCGGAGUAGCGCCUGAUCGCAUCCCAGACCCAGCGGGAGGCGACAGAGCACAAGCAGAGCUGGCCCAGGGCGCAGCGCUGGCCCUGCAGCAUGUCUGCCGAGACGAGUGCCACUCCCUUGUGCAAAGGAUGACAAAUGAAAGUUCGGAGGACAGUUCCUUAUCACGCCUGGCAGAAAGAACGGCUACAGGACGGCCCCUCCAGGAGCAGUGUGCUAAGACGGUCGUCCAGAAGGUGGAAGGCGAGCUUCUCGGCUGCUGCGCACGCAGCUGCGGCUGGACCGGGACCCGCUGCAGUCUUUGGAACUACAUGGAUGAGGAGGACCAAUCGGAGUGGAAGGCGGAAUGUUGUACCGAAUACAAUAUAUUGAGAAACUCCAGCCGCGAGAAGAUGUGCAACAGCAUGCUCCCGCAAGAGAAGGUGGCGAAGAUGGCCAGGCACGACACCGAGCAGCUUGCGAAGGGGGAUGCUGAAAAGGUGGGUCAGGAUGCCGAAGUGGUCGAAGACGGUGGCAGCAGCCUGCUGGAGGGUGGCAAAAAAGAGGUCUGCCACGUCAAGGCAAAGUCGUGCCCGAAGGGUACGAUUGUGAGGCACUGGAACGCCUGUGCGGAGAAGACUGGAUUCAAGUUUCUGAUCUCAACCGGUGAUAUGUUGAUGGGACAGCUUCCGGGAGUGGAGCAAGGCCUGGAGGCCUGUGCAAACAGCACCAAAGCAGGCACAGAAGCGCUUCUGUGGAGGAGUUCAAAAGGCAAAUGCUACAAGGUCGCAGGUGUCAAUAAGAAAGACAUCACACAGAAGCCCGGCAGCCCUGUUUCGUGGGUCCCUUGUUUACUGUGGUUCGUGUACAUCGGUCAGGAGAGCGAAUAG